UCCCCCGGAAAAAAAAACCUCUGUGUUCCUGUGCAUGAGGUUGGCGGGCUGCUGGUUGUCUGUGUGUUUCGGAUGUAUUUCUUUAAAUUUGGCUGCCGAACCGGUCAACACAACUUAUUUACCAAAUAACUACCAGUCACGCGGAACCGUUUCUGUCGGAUUAAGUCAGCGGUGGUUGCCUUGCCAUGCCGUCCGCCGCUGGACCCAGCAGCCCCGCCGCUGCGCUGGCCGAGGCUCUGGAGAACUCUGCCCGGCUGAUUGACAGACACCUGCAGGACGACCGCUGCUUUCCUGACCUGUCAGAGCUGCUCAGCGUCCCCUCGCACAAUAUGCCGUCCCUGUCUGGAGUGUCGGAUAUGGACUACCCCCUCCAGGGUCCUGGUUUACUCAGUGUCCCAAACCUCCCAGAGCUCAGUGCUGUUCGCCGAGUCCCUCUGCCACCUGAGCUGGUGGAGCAGUUCAGCCACAUGCAGUUUAACUGCAUGAUGGGGGUUUUUCCUGAGAUCUCUCGAGCAUGGCUUACAAUUGAUAAUGACAUCUUCAUGUGGAAUUAUGAAGAUGGAGGAGAUGUGGCCUAUUUUGAUGGCCUGAUUGAAACUAUUCUGGCAGUGGGCCUUGUAAAACCAAAACAAGGGAUUUUACAGCCACACAUUCAUUACCUCUUGGUAUUGGCCACAUCUGUAGAUGUAGUGAUCCUCGGCCUCAGUUUCCCCAAGAGCCAAGCUGGGUUGAACGACAGCAUGUCUGGUGGGAUGCAGCUGCUACCAGACCCCCUGUUCUCAAUCCCCACAGACAACACCUACAUCCUGUCCAUCACCUCCACCGACCUGGGACGCAUCUUUAUGGCGGGGAAGGACGGCUGCCUCUAUGAGAUCGCUUACCAGGCCGAGGCCGGCUGGUUGAGCCAACGCUGCAGAAAAAUCAACCACUCUAAAAGCUCUCUGUCCUUCCUCAUCCCAUCUGUGCUCCAGUUCUCCUUCUCUGAAGAUGACCCCAUUGUGCAGAUUGCGAUUGAUAACUCACGCAAUACACUCUUCACACGCUCUGAGAAAGGUGUCCUACAGGUGUAUGACCUGGGAGCUGAUGGACAAGCUAUGAGUCGUGUGGCAACAAUGUCACAGAGUUCUAUUGUUGCAGCAGCUGGAAACAUUGCCAGGACAAUAGAUCGCUCUGUCUUCAAACCAAUUGUCCAGAUCUCUGUGAUUGACAGAUCUGAGUCGUCUGACUGCCACCUGCUCGCUGUCACACAUGCCGGUGUGCGCCUCUACUUCAGCACCACACCUUUUGCCCCUCCACACCAGAAGCACGUUGCAGUUCGGCCGAGCCUGCUAGCUUUGGUCCACGUCCGUCUGCCACCGGGGUUUUCUGCCUCCUCCACCCUGCAGAAACCUGCAAAGGUCCAUAAAGCACUACACAGCAAAGGUGUUCUGCUCAUGGCUGCUUCUGAGACAGAGGACAGUGACAUCCUCUGGUGCAUCAAUCACGACUCCUUUCCCUUCAAGAAACCUUUGAUGGAGACGCAGAUGAUGUCUAAUGUAGAUGGACACUCUUGGGCUCUCUGUGCCCUUAAUGAAGAAAAGCCAGCCAAGAUUUUUACUCCUCUGAACAAGGAACUGAUUCCCAUCACUGAUUCCCCUGUGGUCGUCCAGCAGCACAAUAUCCCUCCGCAGAAGUUUGUCCUUCUUUCUGCAAAGGGGAGUCACAUCUUCCAAAAACUGCGCCCAGUAGACCAGCUCCGUCACCUUCUAGUGAGCUGCGCCGGAGGGGAAAGUGAAGAGAUCGAACGCUUCUUCAAGCUGCACAGGGAGGAGCAGGCUUGUGCCACAGCGCUGAUCCUGGCUUGUUCAAAUGCUGCUAGCGACCGGGAGGUUUCACAGUGGGCCACCAGAGCCUUCUUCAGAUAUGGAGGAGAAGCACAGAUGAGAUUUCCUGCAGCCAUGACAUCUCCCAGCACUGUUGGGCCUGUGAUGAGCUCUCCAGCACCUGGAAUCGUGCCCCCAGCAUUGGCCACACCUUUUGCACCGAUGCCCUCUGGAACUGCCCCCAUCACACCCAUGUCAGCCGGUCCAGAGGUGAUUUUCUCUGGAAAACAUAACGGCAUCUGUGUCUACUUUGCUCGCAUUCUUGGAAAUAUUUGGGAUGGCAGCCUUGCAGUCGAGAAGACCAUAAGCAAAGGAAAUCAGACUGUCAGCAUUUUGGAAAGCUGCGUUGCUUCAUGUGAUCUGGAGUCAGUCCUUCUGGAGCUCUCUGGUUUGCAGGAGUUUCUUGAUAAAAACUCUCAGUUCAGUCCUUCCUCUCUCGGUGCUGCAAGCUUGCAGUUCACUCAAAUAGAGCCUGAAUUUUUGUCACGUGAUUCUUGGUCGCAGCUGAGUGACUUAUGGCUUCCUAGCUUCAGCUCCCCUGCCAACCUGCAGCAAAGGCUGCUGGGAUUUAUGCGUCCUGAUGGAGCCAGCUCUCAGCAGGUUCAGCAGGAACUUCAGAGGAAAUAUCACACCAAGGCUCAGGUCUAUGAGAAAGUGUCCCUGCAGGGCAUCCAGCAGUUAGUGCAUCGCUCUUAUCAGACUCUGGCCCUCUGGAAGCUCCUCUGUGAUCAUCAGUUUAGCCUCAUUAUGUCUGAACUACCAAAGGAGUUCCAAGAGCAGAUGAAGGGAGCAAGUUUCAAGGAUGUAGUGAUCCGGGGCAAGGAGUUAUCUGGAGCGCUCAUCACAGGACUCAUUAAUGUCUACAUCAAAGAUAAUGCCUCUGUGGAUGCCAUCAGUAAUCACCUUCGGGACAUCUGUCCCCUGCUGUACAGCAGCGAUGACAGCGUUUGCUCCAAGGCUAAUGAGUUGCUGCAGAGCUCGAAGCAGAUCCAGAAUAAAGGAGAUAAAGAAAGAACACUGAGAGAGUCUCUACGGCUCUACCAGCAGAUCAGCCAGCACACGGACCUGCCGCUUGUCUGCUCCCAGUACAGACAAGUGCGUUUCUACGAGGGAGUGCUCGAGUUGUGCCUCACAGCAGCAGACAAGAAGGACCCACAAAGACUUGGGCCCCACUUCUACAAGAAUGGAGAGCCUGAGGAGGACAGAGUGGGACAGCAGGCCUUCCAGGAAAGACUUUCGUGUUAUAAGUGCAUCACAGACACCAUGCAGGAGCUGGUGAACCAGAGCAAAGCUGCCCCUCAGUCACCCAGCGUCCCGAAGCAGCCUGGACCUCCUGUCAUGACUUCUGACCCCAACAUGCUCAGCAACGAGGAAGCUACAGCUCACUGUGAGCAGAUGCUUGGCCUGGCCCAGAGGUCUCAGGACGAGUUGUUCCACAUCGCUCUGUACAACUGGCUGAUUCAGGCUGACUUGACUGACAAGCUCCUAGAGGUGAAUUCCCCAUAUUUGGAAGAACAUCUGAUGCAUAUGAUCAAACAGGACCAGAGUAAAGUUCACAAUAUGGACCUCUUGUGGCGCUACUAUGAGAAGAAUCGUAACUUUGGCAAAGCAGCUCAUGUUCUGGCCCGGCUUGCUGACAUGCACAGCACUGAGAUCUCUCUGAAGCAGCGUUUGGAGUAUAUUGCCCGAGCCAUCCUGUCUGCUAAGAGUUCCUCAUGCAUCACGGCUCAGGCAUCUGAUGGAGAGUUCCUUCAUGAGCUGGAGGAGAAAAUGGAGCUUGUGCGCAUUCAAGUACAGAUCCAGGAAACUUUGAUCAGACAGUACUCCCAUCAUCCCUCAGUGAAAAAUGUCAUCUCUCAGUUGGACUCAGAGCUCAUGGACAUCACAAAGCUCUAUGGAGAGUUUGCCGACCAUUUCAAAUUGUCCGAGUGCAAGCUGGCCAUCAUCCACUGCGCUGGACACUCUGACCCAAUCCUGGUGCACUCAUUGUGGCAGGAGAUACUGGAGAAAGAGCUGGGAGACUCUGUGGCCAUGAGUCCAGUAGACAGGAUGAGGUCUCUCAAUCUGAAGCUGGUAUCACUAGGAAAGAUUUACGCUGGAACGCCAAGAUAUUUUCCGCUGGAGUUCCUAGUGAAGUUCCUGGAGCAGGAGGUUUGCCGACUGAACUGGGAUGUGGGAUUUGUCACGUGCACCAUGCAGGAGAUUGGAGUGCAGCUGCCACGUCUCCUGGAGGUUUAUGACCAACUCUUCAAAACUCGGGAUCCCUGCUGGCAGCGGCUGAAGAAACCCCUCCAUCUGGUGGAGUGUAUCCACGUGCUUCUCUCAGGAUACGUGGAUGAUCCCAGCAGAGUACCGACAUAUGACAGACGCCGCUUCACUAAUGUAUGUCUUGACAACAUCUGUGGAUACCUUGUAGAGCUGCAGUCGCUGAGCCCAAACUCAGCCCUUCAACAAACCAUCGGCAACUUCAAGUCGCUGCAGGCGAAGCUGGAGAAACUCCACUGACGUUACUAAUUACAUUCUUCGUCAGGACAAGGGACAGGUGACCUCUGGAUCUUGCACAGUUGGCCUUAAGUAAACAGCUGAUUUAAAAGUGUGAUAACAUUGUCAGGAAGCACAUAAUGAUGGUAUUUGUACUCCACAGUAGAGGUAGUAGCCUCUUUAUCUCUUCAGUCUGUGCUGCAACUUGGCAAAGGCUUGUUGUUAAAUCCUCUGGUAACAAUAAGCGAGACUGAAGAGAUAAGUUUUAUAACUUAUUUGAUACAUUUUGUUAGUCUAAACAUGCUGAAAUGUAACUUUAGAAAGAAAGGACACGGUUUGUUAUUUGCGUUGUGUGCAAAUAGCUGUCGGAUACCUAAAAAUGGUAGGAAGUUGAGUUACCUUUUUCCAACAAAACACAAGAAAGCAUGAAAUUGUUCUGAAAGCCUUUUCAUCACACAGGAAUGAUUUUGAUUGUUCUGCUUUUGCUUCCAAACAAUUUAGCGUUGUAUGUUGUAAUUAUGUAUAUAAUAUUGGCCAUAAUGUCGUCUCUCCUGCCAAAGGACAUUCACACACUUAGCGUGUUAUUCAGAGUGAUGAUUUCAUGUACUUGGGUGGUAAAACAGUGCCGUCGUGUAUGAGUGCUUUUGUGACUGUUUUGAAUACAGAACUAUUUUUAACACGGUGCCGUUCAUAGCACUACACUGAAAAUUCUGGCCUGCAUUGAAGACAAGUGAAAACAUUUUUAUAAAGAAAUAAAACCUGUCAUUAAUUUUG